UACAAGAUGGAACAGCUCUGUGGACAUGCUGGAGAGAUUCUGGGAGCAACAUCCUGCUCUGUUGAACGCUAUGCUGUCGAGAAGGAUCAGGAGGGGAGAGGGCCUGUUAGCAGUGAAUGAGGACGACAUGACUCUGAUCCAGGAAAUCAUCAAGCUGAUGUCCCCUGUCAAAGUGGCCACCACACUUUUGAGUGAAGAAAAAAGCCCAACCAUCUCAAUGAUCGCCCCAAUACAAGCCAAACUCCACAAACACUUCUCCGAAGACAACACUGACCUGCCAAUCAUUGCAGAUAUGAAGCAGCGCUUCAGACAAGAUUUUUUUGAUCGUUACUUGGAUCUCCAAGAACUCCUCUACAAUGCAUCGGGCCUUGAUCCCAGAUUCAAAGACCUGGCUUUCCUUGAUGUGGACUCCAGAGACCUCAUCUUCAUGAAAAUAACAUCUGAGGUGGUGAAGAUGAACGAGCAGGCAGGAGACAGUGCUGCACUGUAUGAAGGAGAGGCAGAUGAGGGAGGCAGCGACGGAAGCCCCAGCAGGGAACGGAGAGAUGAUGAUGCCUCGCCCUCUCCUAAAAAGAAGACUGCCAUGGACCAGCUGUUUGGAGAGUUCAUCACCACAAGAACGCCAUUGAAGACCAUGAGGGAGAAAGCUAAGGAUGAAAUUUUAAAAUACAGAGAGAGAGAUUCCUUAGAACUAGGCGGUGAUGUGUUGCAGUGGUGGAAAGGGCAGGUGGACCUGCCACUCCUUUCAGCUUUAGCUAAGGAUUACUUGUCCAUUCCAGCAACUAGUGUGAGCUCUGAGCGUGUCUUUAGCAGUGCAGGGAAUAUUGUCACUGCCCAAUGUAGUCUCCUGCACCCUGACCAUGUUGAUCAAUUGAUCUUUCUUAAAAAGAAUUUGAAAAAGACCCAUCUGGGUUAA